CGAGCCCCGCCCUCCUUGCUUGACUGAGGGGCGGAGACGGUGGCUGGGCCUUGGUGGCUGCUGCUGUUCUUCCUUCUCCAGUUAACGAUUUGGAGUCUCGGGGGCUUCUUUUUUUUCCUCGUGCGUUGACCGGACAGGAGCUAAGAUGGCGGAUCAGGAGGACCAGCUCUCCGAUGAGGAGAAGGUGCGCAUAGCAGCAAAAUUCAUCAUCCACGCUCCACCAGGAGAAUUCAAUGAGGUCUUUAAUGAUGUUCGAUUGCUACUUAAUAAUGACAAUCUUCUCAGGGAAGGAGCAGCACACGCAUUUGCACAGUAUAAUUUGGACCAGUUUACUCCAGCUAAAAUAGAAGGCUAUGAUGAACAGGUAUUAAUAACAGAGCAUGGUGAUUUGGGCAAUGGGAAAUUUUUAGAUCCAAAAAACAAGAUUGCUUUUAAAUUUGAUCAUUUACGAAAGGAGGCUACAGAUCCAAAGCCUCACGAUGUUGAAAAUGCAAUUGAGUCAUGGCGAAACUCCAUAGAAACAGCAAUGAGAGCAUAUGUGAAGGAACACUAUCCAAAUGGUGUCUGCACAGUAUAUGGAAAAACUAUUGAUGGACAUCAAACAAUUAUUGUUUGCAUUGAAAGUCAUCAAUUUCAAGCAAAGAACUUUUGGAAUGGUCGUUGGCGAUCAGAAUGGAAAUUCACAAUAAUGCCUUCAACCACCCAGGUAGCAGGUAUCUUAAAAAUUCAGGUUCAUUAUUAUGAAGAUGGAAAUGUUCAGCUAGUGAGUCAUAAAGACAUACAGGAUUCUCUAACAGUGACUAAUGAAACCCAAACAGCAAAGGAAUUUGUAAAGAUUGUAGAGGCUGCAGAAAAUGAAUACCAGACUGCUAUCAGUGAAAAUUAUCAAACAAUGUCGGACACUACUUUCAAGGCUUUGCGCCGACAACUGCCAGUUACUCGCACAAAGAUUGACUGGAACAAGAUACUGAGCUACAAGAUUGGGAAGGAAAUGCAGAAUGCUUAAAAUGAAUAUAGCAAAUAUAAAUAAUUUUGUCCUUCUGUACAAAAUAAAAUUAUUGCAAAGGUAUUCAAAAUUGUGAUGUCACCGUAUCACCUUGGCCAUUUGCCAUUGAAAUAACUGUAAGUAGUUUGGUUAGAACACAAGGCUUAGGUAACUUACUCUUUUUAUUUGUCCAUUUGUUUCUCCUUUACAAUUUAGAAAAAAAAUCAGUGUAGCUGAAAUGUUGAGAGCUUCUGAUAUAUUUAGAUUUUUAUAAUGACAUGCCUAUAGUUUUCAGUUAAAUUAAACAGUUUGAAAAAAAUAUUUUUGCAUAAGAUUAUCCCAUGUUGCUUGCUGUCAUGCAAAAGGCAGCUUACCAAACACAAUUCCUUUGAAAAUAUUUGUUUCUGGAGAACAUGGAUUUUAGCUUAUGUAUAUUGCAGAAAUAUUCUGCCCCUCCAGUCUGAAAGCUGGAGAAAAGCAUUUCUAUAUCCAAUCCUAUUCAGUUAUUUAAAUAGCUUGAUGUUAACUUUUUUUUAAAAGCCAAGAUCUAAUUUUAUAAUAAGUUGAAAUUAAACAUUUGUGCUUAUGUUCAAAAUGCAUUUAAUGUUCCAUUUGACAGCACCUCUGAUGAGUUGGGAUUUUAUCAGUUAUUUUUAUCAUGCAACCAUAAUUGUAUUAUAGCAAGGCAUAUUGUUAUAUAUAUGUAAUCCUAUACUCAUUGUGUGUCUGUCUUUUCUUCAGUUGAAAUGUACUAAAAAAAUCUGUGAAUUAAAAAUGCAAGUUUUCUAUCUA